UGUAAGUUAAGGGCAUCAGGGGAGCCUGACAACCUUUAAGGAGAACCAAGUUGCUCUCCUAUAAUUUGAACCCAGUAUCCAACUCCGAAUCGGGGCUUGGAUCGGGAAGUAAAGCCCGAGUCCCGAUCAGUCUGAAACCACAUGAUCAGGGCUGGUUUCUGAUCAUGUGAUCGGAUCGGGAACUCCCUAUCAUCCACAUAAAGCCGAGAUGAGGUUCUCCUGCCACCAAACUCUUUUAUUUUGAAGGUGCCGCUAACAGGAUGUGAUGUGUGGAGUGUUAAGAGGGAAGAGAGGGGACAAAGUAGCUGGAGUGUGUAAAACGGAACUAAUGGUGGCAUUAAACACUGACCCUGAUAGUUCACGGCUAUCGUUCGCCCUUGAGUGAAAACAGCUUUACAUCCUCCCUAGUCUCUCUUCCCAUCUAACAGUUUAUAAAUAAACUGAACUGAACUAAGAACAUCAGGAGGGAUGAAAUCAUUUGUUCCCCCAGAGAACUGAUUGUUGAAUUCCAGUAACAGAUGGAUCAGUUUUCUCUUUGUUCCUAAAAACCUGCAGCUGUGUGAUUCCAGCUAAAUCUGCUCUGUUGAUCGUUUCCCUCAGAUCUUCAACAGUUUCUCUUUCCACUGUUAUAAGUCUCAUUCUGUCACCUUUUGACCUGAACCUGUGAUCCACACCUUCAUCUCUUCCUUGUUGUUGCUGGUCCAACUCCAGUCCAGUAGGUGGCGCAAACGCGCCUUCACGCUGCCACAUAACCGGAAGCUGUUAUCAGAGCUAGCUUGCUGUGCUGGUGUGUGAGGGGAAUCUCUGAGGCUCUGCAGCAACAAUGUCUUCAGCUCAGUCUCUGAGAGAGGUGAUCAGAGAGCGGCUAACUGCUGCUGCUGCAGAAAUCUUCUCCGAGUUUGAAAAAACCAUCGUCCGCUACGAGGAAGAGAUCGAUCGUCAGCGCAGACUGCUGGAGAUCAGCUGGAAACCACAGAUCAACUUACACAGAAUAGAACUCCCACUGCAUUAUGUCAGGACAGAUGAGGAGGUUCUGACUGACCAGCAGCUCUGGAACCAGGAGAGGACCUCCAGUUUGGAGCAGGAACAAGCAGAACCUUUACAGGAGGGACCAGAACCUCCACAGAUGAAAGUGGAGCAGGAUGAGCCAGAACCUUUGCAGAUUGUAAAACAAGAGGAGCUCUGCAUCAGUCAGGAUGAAGAGCAGUGUGUACUGAAGCAGGAGACGGUGACCUCCCUUGUGACUCCUGCUGGUGAGGAAAGAGACCACGAUGAAGCAGAACCAGACAGACACCAACUCCUUUUGUCACUGUUUCCUGAGGCUGAGAUCAGAGCUGCUGCUGCUCCGGGGUCAACAGAACUUCCACAGCAUCAUAUUUGGGGAAAAGAAUAUGUUCUGACUGACCAGCAGCUCUCUGACCAAGAGUCAACCUCCAGUUUGGACAAGGAGGAACCAGAACAUCCACUGAUCACAGAGGACCAGCCAGAACUCUUUAUCCAUCAGCAUGAAGGGCAGUUCUUUUUGAAGCAAAAACAUGUAACCUUCAUAGAGACUUCUCCUUCUAACGAAACAGACUGCCAUGAUCCAGAACCCAACAGGAACCAACCCUUGAGCCAGAGUUCUACAGAAGCAGAGAACCAAGAUCAGGGUAGAUGCAGGAAAGAAAAUUCAGAAUCAAACAGCAAUGAAGAACUGACACGUAAUAAAAGACGUCUGCGAAGUGAAGAUCACAGAGACAAUGUAGAUGUUCAGACACUAAAAAAGCACAAGAGGGCUCACAUAGGUGAGAGGCCAUUUUAUUGUAAGCUCUGUGGAAAAUCUUUCAGUCACAAGUCUUUUUUAUGUCGUCACAUGAGAACUCACACAGGUGAGAAGCCAUAUCCAUGUAAAACUUGUGGUAAAUGUUUUAAUGUCAGUGGUAACUUGACUAAACACAUGAGAACUCACACAGGUGAGAAACGAUUUCCAUGUAACACUUGUGGUAAAUGUUUUAGUGACAGUAGUGGCUUGAUUUAUCACAUGAGAACUCACACAGGUGAGAAGCCAUAUCCAUGUAAAACUUGUGGUAAAUGUUUUACUAUCAGUGGUAACUUGACUAAACACAUGAGAACUCACACAGGUGAGAAACGAUAUCCAUGUAACACUUGUGGUAAAUGUUUUAGUGCCAGUAGUGGCUUGAUUUAUCACAUGAGAACUCACACAGGUGAUAAGCCAUAUCCAUGUAAAACUUGUGGUAAAUGUUUUAGUGCCAGUGGUAACUUGACUAAACACAUGAGAACUCACACAGGUGAGAAACGAUAUCCAUGUAACACUUGUGGUAAAUGUUUUACUGCCAGUAGUGGUUUGACUAAACACAUGAGAACUCACACAGGUGAGAAGCCAUAUCCAUGUAACACUUGUGGUAAAUGUUUUACUAUCAGUGGUAACUUGACUAAACACAUGAGAACUCACACAGGUGAGAAGCCAUAUCCAUGUAAAACUUGUGGUAAAUGUUUUACUGUCAGUAGUGGCUUGUUUUAUCACAUGAGAACUCAACACAAGUGAAAAGUAUUUUCUAAGUUUGGUCUGUAAGAGAUUCAGCCAGAUAUUUUCCUAAACUUCUCGUGAAAAUUCACACUUGAGUUUGUAUACAUUAAAAUGUAUGUUUUUUUUCUUCUUAAAGUUGAGAAGAAUUGAGAUUUUGACUACAUUUAGUCACAUAUACCUUAGGCAUAAACUAGCCCAGUGUGACACAUGUACAGAAAUAUCUUUAGGAUGAGUGUUGAUGGAAAAAGUAUAAAAAAAGGCAAAAUUGCUUUUUAUGUCUAAUUGUGGACUCUGUUUAUAUUUAAGCCCUAAGUUUAAGGUGUGGUUGACUGACUAAAAAAAAAAUAAAAAUUUUUUUUUUUGUAAUUUUAAUUGAUCACUUUUCAUGCAGGCUGAACAUGAAAACAGUCUCCUACACCUUUCUCCUGCAUUAGCUUCUGAUAGAAAAUAGAUGAAACUCAUGUAUUUGAAAAGCCUCACAGAUCUAUGUCACACUGUGAAUCAGCAUUCAUGGACUCGAUGAUCUUGAUUCACGACAGGGAAGACUGUUGUUAUUUUGACAUCCGGUAAUCAGCAGUGGACGUCUCGGCUAGUUUAAGCUAACUGUCAGCAUUAGCAACUACACCUCACAGCAGAAGGUCCUCCAAGCUCGUGUAUUUUGAGAGAUAAAAUAUCCAUGUUGCAAGUCAGUGGUAGAGUUGCAUUGCUGUUAUCCAAUCCGGGGCGAGAUGUCCACAUAUCAGAAAUAAGACUCCAAAAUCCGCCGUUUAAAGUUCAGCUGAUAUGUGGAAAACUUGUGCAACAGUAUAUUUGUUCCCCCUGAGAACCAUUUACGAGGUAUUCAAUCAUACCAGAGACCACCGCACUGAAAAAAAUGUGUCACCCACUCAAUGAACAAACGCUAAUUCUAAAGCUCUGUUAAAGGCACACUGACAUUUUUUUCUUUUUUUUUAAAUAAAAUUCUAUGGUCUAUUAACAAAUUAAUCUUUUUUAAUUGAUAUUUGUAAUUGUUUAUUCUAAUUUAGCUGGAAAUUUUCCAUUUUAAUAUACAUAAAAUGGUUGGCCAAUAUUUUAAUUGUUUAGCAUUUUUCAUUAGUCUUUAUUUUCAAGGUUUGUUUUUGUUCUGUUUAGUUUUAGUUUCAUUUACUUUUCAGUUUCAGUUUAGUUUUCAUUAGUUUUAAUCAAUUUUUUAUAGGUUUUUGUAAUAUUAAGUUACAUAUCAGUGACAAGACCGGUAGUCUGGUACUGAUAAUAGAAAUUUCUGUGUGUAACCAAACUGUUUUCAAAACCAUAUUCUUUUUGAACAGGUGAGCUAUCAUACGUUCCAGGCAGAAUAACAAAAAAUGAACUGAACAGGAUACAAACCAGCUGCAGAAUGCAUUUUCAAAACAGCAAGUGUAUGUAGGUCAACAGAACUUGCAAUCUCUGAAGUAAUUUAGAUUAAUUUAAAUAUGAAUAUUAGGAGACAAUAAGUUAAAUGCUGGUUCUAUAGUUCUGACAAGACAAUGGAACUGACUGACAUCACUAAAACCACAAUAGUGCAGGACACUCCUGCACUAUGAGAUGGACACGUUAACAGCUUGUGUGAUUCUCAGACUAGCUGUUAACUUGUUCAUAUUUUCCUACAAACUGAGGUCAUCCAAAUAGCAUGACAUGAAUUGUUCUAAAUGUUUGAACAGAAAUCCAGUUCAAAAGAUCUCAACUGUUCGUGUGUUUCAUGCUGUGCUGAUACAUGUGUGAAUAGAGCCAACCUGACCUGCCCCUGAAACGGACUGUCAAUACUGCAUAACAGUCAAGCCACCAUGGGUACAAUGUUUUGGAUACUUUUUGCACAUAUUCUGAUAGUUAAUCACAGUUGUUGGAAGCUGGUUUGAUGUGUUUUUGUAGAUAGAUUUCCCUUAAUAAAUAAUUGUUUUUUUAAGAGCUUUUUGUUGAUUUUAAGGAAAACCCUUUGUUCCAGAGAUGUGGUUGCUCUUUUUCUCUGUCCAGAUGACAGCACUCCACACACAGAAAAAAUGCAUUCCACAAAUGCUUGAGAAGCAGAAUCAUUAUCUACAGGGGAAGGUUUUGAAUAGAAAGCCUGUGUUGACUUUCACAAAUCCAGCGGUGUCUCAUUAGACACGCCCUGUUUGACCUCAGUGAGAUAGUUCUCAAUAUCAGUUCAAGCAACAGGUGGUUCAACAAAAAGAGACAAAGUAUUACUACAAUGUAUAUUUUAACAUGCAACAAAAGACAAAAUAAAAGGAAACUUGUGAUUAUAUUUGGUAUUUGAGAGUUGAUCUAAACAUGAAUGCAGUAUGAUUUCAAUGAUCACAUAAUGAGUAGAAGGAGUCACCGCUCAUCUGGGAAAGGUGCUUCAGGAAUUCCUGAUGAAGGUCUCUGGUGUAACAGCAAUAUUAAACUCGUUCCUACACCCUU